GCGGCCAGGCCAGCUCCAGCAAAGCGGACCAGCGGGCCCAAAAAGUCAUUGACUCUGUGGCAGCCUGCACGCUGGACGAGGCCACCUCCCACCCAAAGUGGCAGGCGCCCCCAGCCUACCGCGCAGGCAUCCAGAAGUUUCUGAGCAGCGCUGACCAGAGGCUGAGGAAGCUCGGCGACCUGGUCAUUGCCAAGCAGGCCGCGGGCGACAGCACGAAGGAGCAGUUGAUGGAAAUCUCGGUCAUCAAAUAUCAGAGGCUGGUCACGAGGAGGCCGAAUGACCAGCUACAGGUGCUCAGCAAAAUGCGCAGGGCCGUCAAACUCGAAGUCAUCGCCCUCGAGGCCCAGGCGAACGCGCUGCGGGGCGACCUCAAGGCCAAUCAGCGGGAGUUGAGGCAGGUCGAGUCCAACAUCGCCGACGUGCGGGCCGUGCCCGCCGACGGCGGCGCGGCGGACGACGAGGGCGACUGGGGCGCGGGCGGGUUUGGCUUGGCGCCGAGCUGGGAUACCUUCCACAAGGCCGUGAUCGAUAGGUGGCUAAAGGCGAAUGCGGAGCGGGCCCACCAACAGCAGCGCCAUGCCGAAGCCGAGCAGGAGUUUGCUGCCGAGCUGGCGGAAGUCAGGAGGGUCGCCCGCGAGCAGGCACUCCGCCACAACGCCGAGCAGGCGAAGCUCAGGCUGGCCCUCAAGGAGGAGUCAGAGCAGCUGCAGCGCACCACCGUAGCGGAGAGCGCAGCCCAGCAGCAGCAGCAGCAACACAAGGCUCUCCGCCACGAGAUCAAGAAGCAACAAGCCGAGCAGCUCGAGUUCGCGACGCAGAUGGAGGCCAGGAUAAUCAGCCAUGAAGCAGCUUUCAGUCAAGCCAAGGCUGAGGCCGAGGCGGCGACCCAACGUGCAAAUCACCUGCGAGAGCAGCUUGAGUAUGCCCGCGCGGAGCACCGAGCGCAGCCGCAGCCCCAGGGCAGGGUCUACCAAGACCUACUGCGGGCAAGCGCCGAGGCGCAAGAGGCAUUGCGACAGGCCCAGCACGAGAGCGCCCAAGCGACAGCUACAGCUGGCACUCUCAAGCAACAGCUCACCAGGCAGGAGCUGGUCAUGGAAGAGAAGCUACAGGAGGCCAAAAAGAACCACGCCCUUGAGCUUGAAGCUGCCGCCGAAUCAGCCAGGGUCCAGGCAAUUGCCCAGGCCCAAGUGGUUGCCGAUGCCAAGGGAAAAGGGGCCCUCCCGACGGCAGAAGCGGCCAGGCUGCAAGGGAUCGUCCAGACAGCAGCACGGCAGCAGGAUCGGCUCAAGCAGGCCAAAAGUGAGCUCGAGGCAGCUGAAGCCCGCGUACACGAGCUCCAGCAGUGCUCCAAGCUUGAGGCGGGCGCUGCGCAGCGUGCAGUACAGGUCGCCUACCACGAAGCAGCGGAGCUGAGAAGCACCAGCGAGGAGCGGCAGAUCCCGCACGAGGUGCAGGCAUUGCAGUUCGCCCUGCUAAGGACUAGAGCAGAGGAGGAGGAGAUUGCGAAGGCCAGCCUGAAGGACAAGGAGGCAAUGCGGGCGGAGCUCGAAGGCAGUGCUGAGUACGCGAACGCACAUGACUUGCAGCUGCACACAGAGAGCCUGCGACAGGAACUGAGCAGCUACGCGGUGCAACUGAGCGAGCAGAGGUCCAACGCAGCGGUGCAGGAGCAGGCGCUGGAGGAGGAGCUCGCCCAAGCCCUCACCUUCAGGAUCGCCGGCAUGGAGGAGGCCUCCGCCAUGGAAGACUUUGCCAGCCAGCAGAGGACGGGCAGGGAGGAGGCCAUUCACCUCGCGCUGCAAGAAAGCCUCCAGCGCUCCCGCACGCUACACACCGAGCUCGACGCCAUCGCAAAGAAGGAGCAGCAGGGCGCGUCGGAGACAGAGGAGUUAAAGCUGAGAAUGCAGAGCCUGGAAGCCAUUGCAGCCAGCAGGGAACGUGAACGCAAAGCCAUGGUCAGCCUGUGCGCCGAGAUGAGGCAAUACGGGCAGGGGGGCUACGACUUCACCAAGAGGGCAGCUCAUCACCUCGUCCAAGGGGAACACCUCCCAACGUCCCAAGAGUCCAUGGACGACUACCAGGAGGCCGCCGACCUGUGCGAGAAAACCAGAG